GCGUCAGUGUCGUUGCUGCGGUGGCUAGUGUUAGUAGUCGCUCAUUGGUGUUCGCCGCGGCGGCAAGCGGCGUUCACACGUUUCCCGUCAUCCACUUCGGUACCCGGCUCGCAGUCGAGCGUCGUUCGUUGUACGGUGCGGUUGUGACGUUUACGUUUCGUCUCGAUGCUUGAUGCGUUCGAUAUAUACAAUAUAUAUGUGUGUAACUGUGCACGCGUUCUUUCAUUUUCUUUAAACUGUACACGAAGUGUUAGUGAUAGUGCGAAAGGAUCGGUGAGGUGUUCGGUUUUUUUCGCAUAGUGCCAAGGUGGAUUAAAGAAACAACCCAAGGAACGCAGGGAAAAGAAGUCCGGCGAAUAUCUCGAUGCUGAACACCGAGGGGAGAUCGUUGGCGUUCCUCCAAAAUCCUGAGAAUGUUACCACGAAGAUCGGCCAAGGGAACGGAUCAUGAAGUGACCGUCUACAAAGGACAUCGUGGACGUGUGUGAUUCUUGUCCGAGUAUUUAGCCACAAUUAAGAUGUACCCCGCGCCGGCGAGACACCCAGCCGCUCCCGGCGGCGGAGGAAGCGGCGGGGCUGCGGGAGGGUUGAAAUUCACGGUGGCUGACACUUGCGAGAGGAUCAAAGAGGAAUUCAAUUUCAUCCAGCAACAGAACCACUCACUGAAGAUCGAAUGCGAGAAACUGGCCAGCGAGAAGACCGAGAUGCAGAGGCAUUACGUUAUGGUAAGGCACUUUUACUACGAAAUGUCUUACGGCCUCAACGUGGAGAUGCACAAGCAGACAGAGAUCGCUAAGAGGUUGAACGCGAUAAUCGUCCAGGUACUUCCGUACCUGACACAAGAGCAUGGCUUGCAGCAUCAGCAGCAGGUGGCCAAUGCCGUAGAGAGAGCGAAGCAAGUUACGAUGACCGAGCUGAACGCUAUUAUUGGGCAACAACAACAACAGGGUCUGCAACAACUGCUGCAACAAAUUCACGCGCAGCAGUUGCCUCACGGUGCGGUCGUCGGCGGUCUUCCGCCAGCGGGGCUGUUGGGUUUCGCAGGUGCGGCCGCGGCGGCCGCAGCCGCAGGGGUACCACCUCAUCUAGCUCCACCACCGCAUCCCGCGGCUGCGGCUGCGGUCCAGGCACAGGUGCAGGCACUGUUGAAACCGUCGGAUCUGCAACAACACCGAGCGGCCGCGGAGACGCCCGAAGAUCGUAAACCGAUCGCCCUUACCGACGAACGACUACGGCGGUCCGUGUCGCCGCCCGAGAAAUUCCGAAGCCGCACCCCCGACCUCGAGAGCGAUCCCAAGAGGCGGAAGGAGGAGAAGCUCGGACACGACAGCGACGGAGAGAAAAGCGAUCAGGACUUGGUGGUGGACGUCGCGAACGAGGAAGCGGCAUCGCCGCACGCGAAUGGCGAACACUCGGAUCCGCGUGAAAACGGAACGCUAGAAAAAUUGGGCGCUCCAGGACACGUGGGGCCGACUUCCGGCGCUGGCUCGACGUCCGUCAAAGACAGGCCACCCUCGCGGAGCGGAAGUUCAUCCGCGCGUAGCACACCGUCUCUGAAAAGUAAAGAUAUCGACAAGCCGGGUACACCUGUGGCGGCGGCGAGGGGGUCGCGCAGUUGUACCCCAACUAUGGGCGGAAUCCCUGGGCCCUUGGCAUCGCGAGUCUAUCAUCCGCCAUCGUCGCAGCAAACACCACCACAGGGUUAUCAGGGUUUGCCGUCCCGCGGCAAUGAGCCGCCACAAUCGCCUUCGCCGUACAGCAAUUUACCAUACGCAAGGACUUCCAUGCUCGGUUUCGACGGCCAUGUAAGGAUACCCUCGAGCAACGGAUUAAGCAAUAUACCGGGUGGCAAACCAGCGUACUCGUUCCAUAUGAACGGCGAGGGUCAACUGCAGCCUGUACCAUUCCCCACGGACGCUCUGAUAGGACCAGGAAUUCCACGUCACGCGCGUCAGAUUAAUACCUUGACUCACGGCGAAGUUGUAUGCGCUGUUACGAUCUCGAAUCCGACCAAGUACGUCUACACCGGCGGUAAAGGGUGCGUUAAAGUCUGGGACAUCGGGCACGGAGGUGGUGGCAGUAUCAAGCACGUAUCGCAGUUGGAUUGCCUGCAACGUGACAAUUAUAUUAGAUCGGUGAAACUGCUGCCAGACUGCAGAACCCUGAUCGUCGGUGGAGAGGCGAGUCAAUUGAUCAUCUGGGACUUGGCCAGCCCGACGCCAAGGAUCAAAGCGGAAUUGACGUCGUCCGCUCCGGCCUGUUACGCUUUGGCCAUUUCGCCGGAUUCGAAAGUCUGCUUCAGUUGUUGCAGCGACGGUAACAUCGCCGUAUGGGAUCUCCAGAACGAGAUCUUGGUACGACAGUUCCAAGGGCACACCGACGGCGCCUCCUGUAUCGACAUCUCGGCCGACGGUUCGAAAUUGUGGACCGGAGGGCUGGACAAUACAGUGCGUUCUUGGGACUUGAGGGAAGGCAGGCAAUUGCAACAGCACGACUUCACUUCGCAAAUAUUUUCGUUGGGCUAUUGUCCGACCGGUGAAUGGCUCGCCGUCGGCAUGGAAAACUCGAACGUCGAGGUACUUCACGCGUCCAAGUCUGAUAAAUAUCAGUUGCACCUACACGAGUCCUGCGUCUUGUCGUUGCGGUUCGCGUCCUGCGGAAAAUGGUUCGUCUCCACUGGCAAGGACAAUCUGUUAAACGCCUGGCGUACGCCGUACGGCGCUUCGAUAUUUCAGUCGAAGGAGUCCUCGUCGGUGUUGAGCUGCGACAUAUCCGCCGACGACAAGUACAUCGUGACCGGAUCCGGUGACAAGAAAGCCACUGUAUACGAAGUGAUUUACUAGAUUACACGUUAAAAGACGUUUCACGUUUUCUCCCUUCGUCGAAACCCGAACUCUUUUAAACAGAAAUCCUCGCCCCUUUUUCUAUGGGCGAGCCCUUACAAGUGAGACUUUUAGCAGCCUUAGGAACCUAGACUGUUACCACAAUGUGUACAUAUACAUACCGAAUGUGUAUUACGGUAGAAUUCCGUUGAAAUGUGAACGAUACAGAUAAAACAGAGAAUGGAAGCAAGAAUAACAGUAACGGAAAUGUGUGUGUCAGAAAUGAAACUGUAUUGUAUAUUUAGGAAUUACGUGUGCGUGGCCCCGACUUGUACCUACGACCGUGUGAUUUACGUAAAGGAACACUUUCUUUGUCGCGUGUAUACAACGAGGAACGUGUUAAUGGGACGUUACCAAGCGAUUUUGCAUGCGCGUUAAGUGACCCGGAGAGAGCCUUGCAAAUGGUGAUGUUAGAUACGGUUUCGUAUAAGUACCUAAUUAUAGAGUCAACAUGCCUGAGACAUACAUAUAGGACAGAUAGCACGAAGAACACGAGGGUGAUAGGGGGGGCAGUUCGAAGGAGGAGCAUGUCUACGAAAAUUUGCAUUCUCGUUACAGAAAAUUUUCCUCGGAUGUUUUACAAUUUUUGCAAUCAUUGUCCUCUAGUGCGUGUUGCCAACGAUCAUAAUAACUUGCAUACUUAACCGCGUACCGCGAACCCUUUUCAGACGAUCAGAUGACAUCGUUAUAGAUCAUUCUUAAACACAUGCUCGUUAAGAUAAUUCGAUAAAUGGCUGUAGUCGUUUUGAUCAGUCACAGGUGCAAUAUAUUACACACGUAUUGACAUCAAAUGAAAAGGCAAAUGUACAUCGAAUCGUUAAUCUCGUAUAAAUUGUUCUCUGGGGUUUCGUUCGAACGUCCUACAGUCGCUAAAGGGUUCGACCGUUUUAAAUGUUCGCGCACCGAUUGUUGAAGCAGCGUCGAAACAAAUUCACGAGAUAUUAUAUUCGUUUUAAAAAAGAAAAGAACAAAAAAAAGGUAUUGAAAUAAUAACUCAGCUGUUUCUACCUGAGAAAGGAAAGUAAACGCAAGACCUGUACCGUGGGAGCAGUGUUGUGUAUUGUCUAAACGCCGAGAUUGGCCGUGACCAUUAAUUUUAAAUAUAUCUAUUAAAAGUA